UUCGCCGCCCGUCCCCGUUGCUAGGCGACGCCGGCCGUGUGGGGGCCGGGUUCUCGCUAGGCCGCAGCUAGGCCGCGGGGCAGACCCCGCCUAUCCCGCACUGCUGUAACCCUUUCUCCUUUGCCUGGUGGACUCCUCCGUCCCGUUCUCUGCCUCAGAGACGUUUCUCAGAGUUGUGGAGCUGAUUAAAUAGUCAAGGAGGCCUGCGAGCUGCUUGCCUUUGAGGUGUUCUCGGUUCGUUCCCCAGAACUGUGGUUCGCCACGAAGAACUGAGCACAAUGUGUUAAUUCUCAGCAGAGUGUGGAGGAAGGAUACAUGGCCCCUGCUGUGCUGCAGCUAAUAGGUGGAUGCAGUCAGCAAGGAUCUUUGUGCUGGCGAAUCUCAGCUGCUCGGUGAGAGGUUGGCCGGAUCAUGGAGCCCUUCUCACUUGCAGAAACGAGUUCAUCUGUGCCACAGGAAAAAUUCCGUGUCCUGGUGGGUGUGACUGGGAGUGUGGCUGCUCUGAAACUGCCUCUCCUCAUCUCUGGAUUGCUGGAAAUCCCUGGGCUUGAAGUGAAGGUGGUGACUACUGAGAGAGCAAAGCAUUUCUACAACCCCCAGGAAAUUCCCGUCACCCUCUACAGCGAUGAAGAUGAGUGGCAGCUGUGGAAGGGCCGUUCUGACCCAGUCCUGCACAUCGAGCUCCGGAGGUGGGCUGACCUCAUGCUGGUGGCCCCUCUCGAUGCAAACACACUGGCAAAACUGGCAAACGGUAUCUGUGACAACCUGCUGACUUGUGUCAUCCGUGCUUGGGACCUGCACAAACCCCUGCUGUUCUGCCCGGCUAUGAACACGGCCAUGUGGGAGCAUCCCAUCACAGCUCAGCAGGUGGAGCAGCUGAAGGGCUUUGGCUACAUAGAGAUCCCAUGUGUGGUGAAGAAACUAGUGUGUGGAGAUGAAGCACACAGUCUUCUCCAAGAAUUACUCCCAAGAAUCAAGCUGGUGCAAAUCCAGAGCAGCUUUCUCUCUAAUGUGGGCCUAACUGUGGAGUCACUGGAAUGGUCGUGGAGCCAUGGCAGAAGUGUGGACCAUAGUGGAGAGCGUGAGAAGGAUCCUUGAAGAACGGGGCUUGCCAACCCAAAGCUGAUUGCUUGCCAUGAGAAUUGCCUUCCUGGCAAUUCAGAGAUAAAACCGACAGGAAACCGAAUCGAGAUGGCAUGUGUCCCUGCAGCUCAACUGAAGGAGUGAGACGGUUGUGUUCCAGCUGGUACCAAACUGAAAUGUGGUACAGCACUGCAGACUUUUAGAAACCUAAGCCAAGACCACGUUUCUUUAUUGUGGGAAAACUGUGGUAUCUCGCAGAGAGGGAGUAACGUUCCUCCAGGCCAAGCAGCCCCGUUUGUUUCACGUGUGAUCCUUUCUGAGAAGGCUGCAGAAGGAAUUGCCCUUGUGUCUCCAGCCCAGCAUUGCCCCAAGGGCAGCUGGGGUGGUGUGCUUGCUGUCCUGGCAAUCGGAACGUGGGUGUGAGGACAUCCUUGCUCUCCAGCGUGGUUCUUGGCUGUGCUGCCUUCUCUUUUCCAGCAGGAGUCACUGUCCAAAAAGCGUUCUCCCCCUGAGAGCUUAAUAAAAAGAGAGCUUUUAAUUCUGCCCCUGA